AUGGACAUCGAGUGUGAGUUGGGAGAGAUUGAGAGGCUGGAGGAGCGGGCGGCGAGACGGGAGGAGGCGCUGCGCAAGUCGGAGCGCAUGUUGGAGGAGGAUCACGCGCGAUUCGAUCAGUUUUUGAAGGAUAACGACGCCAAGGUGCGGGAGGCUGUGAGCGCGGCGGAGCGCGAGGCGCGGGCGAAGCACGAGAAGAUGCGGGAAAUGAAACGCUUGCAGAGCGAUAUCACGAGCGCCACGCAAGAGUUGAAUCGAAAGGAAGAAAAGUUGAAGGAGUGUCUCAAGUACAAGGAAUUCCUCGACGCGCUCACGCCGAGCGAGUGGUUUGAGCGCGAAUGCGCGGAUGGCGAGAGCAUGUACUUCACCGAGCCCGAACAGUUGCUUCGCGCCUUUAGCGCGCUGGAGGAGCAAAAUUUAUUCCUCAUUCAGAGCGUUCGCGAGGCAGAGGAGACGCUGCAGAGCGUGGAGACCAAGCACGCGAGCGCGAAAAUGAAGAUGGAAACCGAGAUGACGGCGCUCAGGGAACAGAUUCGACGGCUUCAGGAGGUGAUCGACGCCGAGGGGCGGAAAGGAGAAGAGCUGUCGAUGCGCCUCGCAAAUAGCGAAGCUGGCGGCGAGGACGAAACAGAAAAGGAAUUGAAAGAGCUCACAAGACGCGUCACGGAAGUUUACGUCGACUGUGGAUUUGAUCACGAUCCGAGCAUCAGUGUGUUACAGAUGCUUACAAACAUUGAGUCGAAGAUGGAGGAGUACUUUGCAGCGAUUGAAAAGAUGCCCGCAGACAUGGUGGCGGAUUUGGAGAAACAAAAGGAGAAAGAGCGUCGUCGCUUGGCGAGAGAAGAGAAGACACGACAGCAAAAAGCGGAACAGGAGUUAAGAUUUCAACGAUCUCUCUCGCGCGCGCGGGCCCCGGCGCAUAAAAAGACUGGAAAACCCGUGAUGUUCCGGUCUCGAUUACAACCGAAGAAGAUUGUUCACACUGAGGAUGAUGAAAACACCACCAACGCGAAGGAACUGGAGGAGUUUUUGGCGAGGCAGUAUUGA